UUGCUGCCUUUAGUGUUUGACUAAAGCCACAAGAUACUACUCUCGAAGACAUGUGUCCUUUGACAAAUGCUGAUCCACAAUGUUUUACUGUCGUUGAUGAAGCUAACUGUUUGACUCAAUCAUCUCCGUUACUAAAUAGCUUAACGGCAAUAUCCCUUUCAAAGGAAAACUUUUUUAGAGCAUGGCCUCCACUGCUCCACGUAAUUUCUCCUGGGUCGAGCCAAACAAACUGGCUGGACUGGGGCAACCCAGGAUGACAGCUGAGUACCAGUACCUGCUGGACAAUGGUAUCAAACACCUGGUUUGCCUGUGUGAGAGAAAACCACCUUACCAUGACUCGUGCCCAGAGUUACAGCUGCACCACAUCAAGAUAGAGGUCUACACGUCUCCUUCGCUGAGUCAAAUUGAUAGAUUCCUCUCUAUUGUUGAAGAGGCCAACUCCAAGGGGGAGGGUGUGGGAGUUCACUGCAUGCUCGGUCAAAGCAGAACAGGGACCAUACUGGCCUGCUACCUGGUGAAGACCAGGAAGUUAUCAGCGAUUGACGCCAUCAACGAGAUCCGCAGGCUGCGAAAAGGCUCGAUCGAAACUGACGAACAGGAGAAAACUGUGGUGCAGUUUUAUCAGCACAACAAAGUUUAAUAACACUGCUGUAUGGUCACCAUCAUGUCCAGAUCUUCGUCUUCCUCCUCCUCAUCCUCUCCUCUCUGCUGAACCUCCUGCAGCCUCUUCUGAAACUGCCACUCCAGGCUGAGCCUUCGCAGCCGGUCGCUCUCCUCCGCCGUGUGCCUCGCUUUGCCCUGGAGCUCCUGCACCUCCUGCUCCAGGAGCUCCACCACAUGGAGCCUCUGCUGCUUCUCCAGCUUCUCCUGCGCCUCCCUCCUCCACGGGUCAGACAGCUCCUGAGGGUCUUUCGGCUUUGGCAGACACGAGCUCUGCUUCUGCUGAGUGGGAGGUUCUUGG